AUGGCUGAUGAAAAUUAUACGACAAUAACAGAGUUCAUUUUCGUAGGCCUCAAGUACAACCCUCGGCUCCAGGUGUUCCUUUUCUUGCUCUUUUUGCUGUUUUACCUCGUUACCAUGACCGGGAACUUGGGCAUGAUCAUUCUCAUCAGAAUCGAUUCCCGUCUCCACACACCCAUGUAUUUCUUCCUCAGCCACUUGUCCUUUGUGGACAUCUGUUUCUCAUCAGUCGUCGGCCCCAAGAUGCUCACAGACUUCUUCUCAGAAAGGAAAGCCAUCUCCUUCCUGGGCUGUGUCUUGCAGCAAUGGUUCUUUGGCUUCUUUGUGGCCAUUGAGUGCCUCCUCUUGGCAUCUAUGGCCUAUGACCGCUACGUGGCCAUCUGCAACCCAUUACUGUAUUCUGUUAUCAUGUCCCAGAGACUCUGCAUACAACUGCUGCUCGGACCCUACUCCGUUGGCUUCUUAAACACCAUGACACACACAAUAGCUGCUUUCCGACUACCUUUUUGUCACUCCAACAUUAUCAAUCAUUUCUUCUGUGACAUGUCUCCAAUUCUUUCUCUGGUAUGUGCUGAUAUUUGGAUCAAUAAGCUGCUAGUUUUCAUUGUGGCAGGAGCCGUGUUAGUGGUCAGUAGCCUGACCAUUAUAAUCUCCUAUUUUCACAUCCUGCUUGCCAUUCUGAGGAUCCGCUCUACUGACGGGAGGCGCAAAGCCUUUUCCACCUGCUCGUCUCACAUAACAGCCGUUUCUAUCCUGUACGGCACCCUCUUCUUUAUCUACGUGCGGCCAGGGGCAAUUUUUUCUCUAGAUCUCAAUAAGAUGGUGUCUGUGUUCUACACAGCUGUGAUCCCCAUGCUGAACCCCCUUAUCUACAGCUUGAGAAAUAAAGAAGUGAAGGAUGCCAUGCACAGGACCAUUGCCAAGACCAAAAUUUGCAUCAAAAUUUAA